AUGCGUCUCGACAACAAUCUUCUGUCUUUGGCUUUCCUUCCAGCGUUGGGUUUGACCCUCGACUACAAUCCGUCACCAACCGUGACAAUUGAUGCAGGAGUAUUACUAGGAAAGGCUACAGCUCUCCCUAAUGGGCUAGGACCAUCGGUCAAUCAAUUUCUUGGAGUUCCCUUUGCUCAGUCACCACCCGAGAGAUUUUCGCCGCCGCGUAAUGUCACAGCCUUCAGCCAACGUCUGAACGCUACGGAAUGGAAGCCAGCCUGUAUCCAGCAGUUUAGAUACCCGCAAGUAAGCUCACAAUUUACGCAAAGCGUGUUCAACAACCCACCACCGGUGGAGUCUGAGGAUUGCUUGUAUCUCAACGUCUACGCUCCUUCUGGAUCGCCAGGCGGUAAUGGAAGAGCCGUGAUGUUUUGGAUCUAUGGGGGCUCGCUGCAGUUUGGCAAUGCCGGCCAGCAGAACUACGAUGGCAGUGCAUUCGCAGCAUACGAGGAUGUCAUUGUUGUGACCACAAACUACCGAACCAAUGUGUUUGGUUUUCCAGCCUCCCCCGAGCUCCCCGCAACUGGAAAGAAUCUCGGUUUCCUCGACCAGCGUUUCGCACUUGACUGGGUGCAGCGCAACAUCCACGCUUUUGGUGGCGACCCAACCAAGGUUACCAUCUUCGGCGAGAGCGCCGGAGCCUUCUCCGUUGAUGCACUCUUGACCAGCUACCCCAAAAACAGCAAGCCUCCGUUCCGUGCUGCGAUCCUGCAAAGCGGCCAAUACAGUUACCGGCCUGCUCCACAGACCUCCAGUAUCUCUGCAUGGAACAAUCUCACGGCAUCACUCAAAUGCCCAGGUACAUAUGGAAGUAACCUGACUUGCGUACGCGCAGCGAAUGCGACCGAGGUUAAGAGAGUCGUCGAAAUGAACUCGUUGGUCUUUAGCCCUGUCGCAGACAAUGUGACGCUUGUUCAGAACCCGGCAGCACGCAGGUUGAGCGGUAACAUCUCGCACAUCCCUGUAUUAGGAGGCUCAAACUCGCAGGAAGGACGAGUCUUCGCGGUUGGCCAAACCAACCUUUCUGCCUUUCUGCAAACCAGCUUCAGCGCAGCGCCCGCACUGAUACCAGCAAUUGCAGCAGCCUACUCCAUCGGUAGUCCAGGCAUUACUAAUGGCUACGAUGCAAUCUCUGCAGUCAUCACUGAUCUGACAUAUCAAUGUCCGGCAGCUCUUUGGGCCAACGCAACAGCCUCCAUUGGUAUCCCUACUUGGCGCUAUUUCUUCAACGCUUCCUUCUCUAACACCCAGGCUUUCCCGCGAUUAGGCGCAUACCACGCGUCUGAGAUUCCUCUUAUCUUUCGUACUUACAACAAGGCCAAUACUACAACGCAGGAGUAUGCGCUUUCUUCUUUCAUGCAAGGCGCAUGGGCGCGGUUUGCAAAGAACCCCCUGGCCGGUCCGGGAUGGAACGCUGUUGGUACUGGUCAGGCUGGCUCAGUACUUUCCGGUGCUUACGACCAGGCUGUUAGUGGUCUGUACUACGGAAGCAACGGAAACGUGACAACUGGUGAUUGGAAUCUAGGCGUGCUAGGGGAUGUAGGAAAAGUGAAGGGUGGAGGUGUGACAAUGCUGCCGCAGAGCCAAGUGGACUACAGAUGCAACUUGUACAAGCCGAUCUACCAGGCCAUCGUAGGUACAGCUGGAAUACCGCCCAGUUUGUAG